AUGGAGGCAUGCCAGCUCGAGGAUGAGCACGCUCGCUGGAGCAACGUGCGAGAGCUCGAGGAGCAAGCGAGCAGAUCUCUACGCCUGCACAGAUUGCAGCUGCUCCAUCGGAUAGAUGCCAUGGUUGGGCUGUUCAAGCAAGCCGAUGCUGCCGGUUUGCAAGCUCUCCACUUUGUGCAUUCCUGUACCGUCCAGUUCGGCAUCUACACGAGCUUCUGGCAGGCCAUAAAGCGCCGAGCCUCGCAACAGGGCAGCCCUACCCUCGCACACAGAACGAGGGAAAGAGCGAGCCAGAGCGUGUCAUCCCAGAUGAGUCGUCUUCACGAACGUCGGGCAGACGCAGUCAGAGAUCUUCUGCGAGCUAUCGAUGGCCUCUCGGGCUUGCUGGAUGCGAUCAGAGAGCUCACGCACGAGCUCAUCAACCUAGCCAGCGCUUCGCACGACGCUCAGCUACACGCCAUGGUGCAGACCGUGCAGAGAUACCUGGCAGAAGCUCGUCAGUCUAUGCAAAGCCGCUACGAUCACAUCCAUCACAUCAUCCGCGAGCUCAGACUAUGUCCUGGCUGGCUCGACGCAGAUGGCGUUGCGCCCGACAACGAUGUCGCUGCCAGGCUGCGUGCAGUCGAAUUUGAGGCUCUCAGACAUUGGGAUCCAGACGAUCAGAUGCAGGCCUCGCAGCAUGAUAGCGCACCGGAGCAGCUCGUCGCUGCACAUGCAGGACAGGCAGACGAGCCUGGUGUCGACGACCUCACAGCCCUCCUGAGCGCGUGCUCGGGCGAUCAUCCUCGCUUACGCGAAAUCUCCCCAUCUGUGACGAAGGCGAUCGCGCGACAAUUUCGGAUGAUCGGAACCACGCAAGCGAUCGGCCUUUCAGGCGCGGCAUUCCUUACGGCCAUAUCGCACGCUCUACCCGCUAAAGUCCUUGUCGCACAACGUCUUCUGUCCCAAGGAAGAGACAGAUACAGCGCCAUGGCCACUCUGACCGAUCUCUUUCGCGAAACGCUCGCUGGCCAGUUCACCAGAUGGGCGUCCGGCGAGCGUCUCUUCAAGUUUCCUGAAGAGCUGGAGGGCUUUGUGGUGCCAGAAUGUUACAAGCCAGGCUACGUCGCACCCCCCAAGCCCGUGGAGAAGAGCGAGACUGCCAAUUCGACCACGAGCUCAGACGCGACUCAUACAGACCCCCAAGGCAAAGCUAACGGCGAGAAACCGGCUCACUCGCCUGACGAGAAGUCUCUGCAUCCAUCCCCCUCGAAUGCAGCAGAGACAGCUUCGAUGAGAAGGCUCGAGAGCAAUGUACAGGGCGAGAACCCAAAAUUCUCAGAUUUGUCAAAGAUGACGACACAACAAAGAAGAGCCGCCGAAGCCAUGCAGAAAUACACGCUCGUCGAUUGGUAUGAUGAUCAUGAUCAGGCAAAUCCAAUGAACUGGUCGACUGGUCGGAAAAUCUGGGUUGGCUGGUGCAUAUCCAUCCUGACCUUUGCUGUCUACACUGGCUCUUCUAUCAUCACCUUGGGAUUCCCUGACCUCAUCGCCCGGACGGGCGUCAGCUCCCAGAUGGCGACCCUGGCUCUCUCGAUGUAUGUCCUGGCAUACGGCGUCGGCGCUCUUUUUUGGUCCCCACUGAGCGAGAUCGCUGCCUUUGGCCGUAACCCUUGGUAUGGUCCGCCCAUGCUGGCCUAUCUGUUGCUACAAGUUGGCGCGACUCAAGUCAACAACUUCAAUGGUCUCAUAGCAAUUCGCUUCUUCACUGGCUUCCUAGGAGCGCCAACAUUAGCGACAGGCGGUGCUUCGCUCACUGAUGUCUUCGCGCCCCAGUUCCUACCGCUCGCAUUCUCUGUCUGGGCUCUCGCUGCCUUUGGUGGUCCAUCGAUUGGCCCCGCGGUAGCUGGCUUUGCGGCUGCUCGCAAUGGCUGGCAUUGGACUAUGUACGAGUUACUCUGGCUCGUCGGCUUUGCACUCGUCUUUGUCGUCUUCGGUCUACCCGAAACAUCACACGGCAAUAUCCUGCUACGCCGUGCAGAGCGACUACGAAAGCUGACUGGCAAUGACAAGCUCAGAUCGGCGGCAGAAAUCGAAAAGGAAGCAAUGACGGUCAGAGAUACCCUGAUCGAAGCCAUUGUCAGACCCACAGAGAUCUUUAUCAAGGAUCCGGCGGUUAUGUUCGCAGACGUCUUUAUCGCCCUGAUCUAUGCCGUAUAUUACCUCUUCUUUGAGGCGUUGCCACUGUGGCAGGACGAAACGCUUCACUGGCGUAUCGGCAUCCAGGGCAUCAGCUAUCUUUGCAUCCUCGUCGGCGGGGUCGUCGGCGCGCUCUCUUAUAUCAUCUAUCAGGGAACACGGGUCAAGAAGUAUUACGAGACCAAAGGAAUUCCCCCGCUCGAGAUGGCACUCGAAGCCGCCCUACCUGCGACGAUACUAUCCAGCGGUGGUCUUUGGAUCUUUGCCUGGACCGCAAGGGGUGGCGUCAAUUUUAUGGGCGCCUUGACCGGUCUGGCUCUCUUUGCAGGAGCCAAUUUUGUCAUCUUCCAGUGCAUCAUCCUCUACAUCUCGAUGACAUACCCUCGCUAUGCUGCCAGCUUGCUCGCUUUCAAUGACUUUUUGCGAAGCUCGACAGCUGCCGGACUUCUGCAUGCUGGUCGACCCUUCUUCGUCAAUGUUGGGCUGUCGCCAGGCGUCUCGAUCCUGGCUGGUAUCACACUUGCUUUCUUGGUACCUUGCUACUUCAUCUACAAGUUCGGUGACCGCUUGCGAGCUCGCUCAAAGUUUGUCGGAUGAUGUAUAUUGAACAUGCCUUAGAAGAAACAGUGAUCAUGCAUGUAAUUUUCCUCAGUUGGCCUUUACUCU